AACUUUAUUUGCAUAAUGGAUACUUCGUAUUCAAACUCAUUCAACCCUCUCUAUAUUUCUCACUUUUUGUUCCUUUUGUUUUUGGCAUCUUCAUGUCUGCACACUAGCAGUCACUUCUGUUUCUGUUUGGUUGAUGGAGUUCCAAGCACUGGUAGUGUGAGAUCAUGCAUCGAGGAAGAGAGAAGUGCGCUUCUCAGUUUUAAACAGGAUCUCAAGGAUCCCUCUGGAAGGCUUUCUUCUUGGGCGGGUCGCGAUUGCUGUCAAUGGCAAGGGAUUUCGUGUAACCGCAAUGGUCAUGUGGCCAAGCUGAACCUCCGAAAUCCAUAUCCAUAUGGCUGGAAUACUGAAGAUCUCAACAUCCAGGAUCCACAUUCAUAUGUUUGGAGGUAUGAUGAAAGGUGGGACGAGUUGGCUUAUUAUGAGGAGUCUUAUUUGUGGGGUAAGAUAAAUCCUUCUUUGCUUAGCUUGAAAUAUUUAAAUUAUCUGGAUCUAAGCUGCAAUGAUUUUAAUGGGAUUCACAUUCCUAAGUUCUUUGGGGAGCUUAAAAGUCUGAGGUAUCUCAAUAUAUCCCACGCAUCAUUUUCGGGAGAGAUUCCCCCUUCUCUCGGUAACUUAUCAAAAUUGAACUAUCUUGAUAUUGAUAUGUCCUCUUCUGAUUAUGCUACCACAAUGCAUUCCAAAAGCUUGAAUUGGCUUUCUCAUCUCGCUUCCCUAAAAUACCUAAAUCUCAAUGGAGUAAAUCUUAGCAGCACAGGAGUUCCAAAUGUGCUGCAUCAUGUUAACUUGCUUCCUUCCUUACUGGAGUUACACUUAUCUAAUUGCUUGAUUGAUAGCAAUCCAGUAUCGGUCCUUGAUCUGUCAAAUAAUUCCUUCAAUACUUCUUCAUUUCCCAGCUGGCUUUUCAAUCUUACCAGCCUCAGAAAACUUGAUUUAAGCCGGAAUUCUUUCCGUGGUCGAAUUCCAAGAGUCAUUGGAAAUAUGUGCAAACUGAAGUUUUUAAGUCUUAGUGGGAACGAAUUUUAUGGUGAGAAAAUUGAAGAGUUUUGGAGGAGUUUGUCAAACUGUCCAAAUAAUACAAUAGCAUUAGAAUCACUAGAUUUGUCUGAUUGUGGGCUCGAAGGCCAACUGCCGGACUCCUUAGGAAUGUUAACAAGUUUGCAGCAUCUCAACCUCGAGAAUCUCUUACUUUGGGGUUCAAUUCCAGAAUCUAUUGGAAACUUGUCAUCCUUGAAAACACUGGACUUGUCUGAUAAUUAUAUGAACGGCUCCAUUCCAGAAAGUUUGGGAAAACUCUCCGAGCUAGUUAAACUAGAUCUUUCUUGGAAUUCAUGGGAAGGCAAUCUAACGGAAGCCCAUUUCAUAAAUCUCACCAGAUUAAAAGCCAUUUCAAUAUCCAGUGAGUUAGAAGAAAGGCCUACCAUUUCAAUAUCCAGUGAGUUAGAAGAAAAGCCCAUGUCCCUCGUUUUAAAUGUGGCUUAUGAUUGGGUUCCUCCUUUCAAGCUCCACGCACUUAACAUUGGAGACUGCAGAGUAGGUCAUGGUUUUUGGGUAUUGCUUCAAUCUCAAACUGAACUAGUAUAUGUCAGCCUUCGUAAUACUUUCAUCUCGGGUUCCAUAUCAGAGGAAUGGUUGUCAAAGAUAUCUUCUCAAGUCAAACUUUUGGAUUUAUCUUACAACAACUUCAGUGGAAGGCUUCCAUUACAAUUGAAGUUUCCAAAGCUAUCUCGCAUCAAUUUGGGUCAUAAUCAAUUGGAGGGCCCACUUCCAAUUUGGCCCACUAAUGCCUCAUUCUUAGAUCUUCAAAGAAAUUUAUUUUCCGGGCCAAUUCCCUCCAAUUUAGACCAAUUGAUGCCUAAAUUGGCUCAUCUUGAUGUUUCUGAGAAUCAUUUGAAUGGUACUAUUCCACUCUCUAUUUGCAACGUGAAAGGUAUGGAAGUUAUUUCGCUAAGAAACAAUCAACUAUUUGGAGAGUUCCCUCAAAGGUGGAGUUUGUGGAGCAGAAUAUUCAGUAUUGAUGUCUCACACAACAAUCUUUCUGGUAAUAUUCCGAGUUCAAUGGGUAUCCCAAGUUCUCUUGGAAAUUUUAAGGUGAAUAAUAAUAAUUUUGAUGGCGAGAUUAUUUUUUCCUUGCAAAAUUGUACUGAUUUGAUCAUACUUAAUCUUGGACACAACAAAUUCACUGGAAACAUACCUUUAUGGCUUGGAUCAAAACUAUCCGGAUUGAUAGUGUUACAACUGCGAUCCAACCUUUUAAGUGGGCAUAUCCCUCACCAUUUCUGCAAUCUUUUCUACCUUCGCGUCCUAGACCUUUCUCACAACAACUUUUCAGGGACCAUUCCCAAGUGUCUGAAAAAUACUACUUCUUUCAGCAUAGAUGUCCUGAUCUUUGAUACAUAUAAUGGACAAACGACAAUAGAGUCAAAAGGGAAAGAGCUCGAAUAUAGAGAUGACCAGUUAAUCUCAUGGGGAAACAUGAUUGAUCUUUCGUCAAACAAUUUUGAAGGUGAAAUCCCUGAACAAGUAGGCAGUACGGUUGAAUUGAAUACAUUGAACUUGUCGAUGAAUCGAUUAACUGGAGAGAUUCCUUCAAGCAUCGGAAAAUUAUGUUGGCUUGAAACUCUUGAUCUCUCACACAACCAGCUUUCAGGACAUAUCCCUCAAAACUUUUCUUCUUUAACCUCCCUAUCUCACUUGAACUUAUCUUACAACAACUUGAUUGGAAAUAUACCUUCGGGAAACCAACUCCAAACCCUCGAUGAUCCAUCUAUUUAUGAAGGCAAUCCGUUAUUGUGUGGGGCUCCUCUUUCAACUGUUUGCCCUGGAGAUGAUACACAUUCAAGGCAGAAUUUUACUUCAGAACAUCACAGUAAAGAUGAAAGCGAAAUGUUUUGGUUUUAUGUUGGCAUGGCACUUGGUUUCAUUAUAGGCUUUUGGGCUGUUUGUGGAACGUUGGUCCUAAAGAAGUCAUGGAGGUAUGCAUAUUUUAAAUUCUUUGACAACAUGAAAGAGAAAGUAGCCUUAAUAAUUGCAUUGAAAGUAGCUCGUUGGCAAGGGAGAUUAUGA